UGUUGCUCUUUGCAUCAAUUCAAUUAAAAGUCAACUCUUGCCGACUUCAGUCGCAUGCUCGCUUAGCCGUGGCCUAGAGUCUAGACGCUCCCAAAACCGGUUUUAGGGAAAAAUUCUAAUUUACAUCUUCGGCCGCCAAACCUCAGAAAUCCAAGAUGAAAGUGGAUCUCGUCGUGGAUCAGGGACCCUGCAACACCGAUCUAAGAAGCUGGUGUUUGGGCAUCGCUGUUUACUCCCUCAUCUCCAUGACAUUCGGAGUACUCUUCGCUCCGACGGUUGUGAACUUUGUGGGAUUUACGAUUGCCGUGGUGGCCAACGUUCUGUUGCUGAUCGGAACCCUAAAGGAAAAGCGACUGCUUCUCCUUGGCUGGCUCAUCUAUGCCCUGCUCCAGGCCAUUGGCUUUCCAUUCGCUAUUUUUGGAGUAAUCUUCCACUAUGGAGGCUACCGAGAAGCCACUGGAUUCAAUAACGUCUUCGGGGCCUUGUUCUUCUAUAUCAUAAUGAUUCUUAUCGCGGCAUUCUGCGCACGCCUCAUCUACUCGUACUACGUCCAGCUGAAAAACCGCGAGUCCAGCGCACCCCGUCCCACCAACGUGGUUUAGUCAAUAGUCCCUUAAAUUGUAAUCUAAGUGUUUCAAUAAAAUGAGCUUUUGUCGUUAAA